AUGUCGCAAAACGCUGGUCAACAACUUAUUCCCGUACGUGCAGGCGAAAGUGAACUUAAUGUUCAGAGCAGGGGCUCGCAUAUCAAAAGAGCUAUCCCUUUAACUCCUCCACAAGACAUCUUUUCAACCCCUCCACGAAAAAUUCGUACUCCUGAUUAUGAUCGACUUCUUCCCCAACGAUCCCCUAAUCCGGUUCACGAUCUGCAAAUGCAGAUUGCUACCGAAGAAAGCUCCAAGAAGCGAAAAAUAUCGGUCAUCGAAGAAGAAGCACAGCAAGAAGAGGAAGGCCGUCUUUAUAGAGCUGUAGUGGGUCAAGCCAUGAUGCCCUUAAGAGAAACAACCGAUGAUAUAAUUCGUCGUUUGAAUUCCACACCCACUAAAUCGCCCAAAAGAUUGCUGUCAUUCAGUACACCGACGAAACAACACAAUAAUUUUUUUGAUUCGCCGGUUAAGAAUAGCUAUAAUUCGAGUCCGCUUCCAUUGGAAGCACAGAUGAUUUUGACUAGUCCUCGGAAAUCCCCUAGAUAUAUAAGUAGAUCACCGUAUAAAGUGCUUGAUGCUCCGGAUCUUCAGGCAAUAGAUUGGUCUUCUACUAAUGUAUUAGGAGUAGGAUUGGGCACUUGUGUUUAUCUAUGGAAUGCAGUUACAGCAAAGGUAGUAAAACUUUGCGAUAUGUCAGGAGGACAUAGCAACACAGACAACUCAGAAAAUGUCACAUCAAUCAGUUGGAUGCCGACGGGUUCUCAAAUAGCUGUUGGUACAACUCAAGGUCCUGUCGAGAUUUGGGAUGUUCACAAGAAUGAAAGAGUUAGAACGAUGAAAGGACAUACUCAACGAGUAGGUGCCUUGGCGGUGAACUCACACAAUGUACACACUUUUAGUUCAGGUAGUCGUGAUAGAUUUAUUUACCAUAGAGAUAUUCGAGAUCCCAAUGAUCAUUUUAUGAAAUUGACAGGACAUAAACAAGAAGUUUGUGGUCUCAAAUGGAAUCCAGAAGGAACUCAACUUGCUAGUGGAGGCAAUGAUAAUAAACUCUUUAUUUGGGAUAGAACGAACGAUGUUUUUCUUCAUAAGUUUCCUCAUCAUACGGCUGCUGUUAAAGCAAUCUCAUGGAGUCCACACACACAUGGUCUUCUGGCAAGCGGUGGUGGUUCUCACGAUAAGAAAAUUCGAUUUUGGAAUACUACAACUGGCGAUGUUUGUAACCUUGCUUGGUCUAGACAUGCGAAUGAACUUGUUUCAACUCAUGGAUACUCUCAAUAUCAAAUAAUUCUUUGGCAAUAUCCAAGUAUGGAGCAAUUGGCUGUUCUUAAAGGUCAUACAUUACGAGUUCUUUAUCUUUCCGUGUCUCCUGAUGGCGAAAAUAUAGUCACUGGCGCUGGAGAUGAAACAUUGCGUUUUUGGAAUGUGUUCAACAAUGGAAAGAAAGAGAAGAAACGGAUGACUGUGUUUGAUAUUCGCUCUCAAAUACGUUAA